AGAAUGCCUUGUCACCUGCGCGAACAGGGAAGUCAACAAGAAGCACUGGAUGUGACAUCAAAACACUUCUCCGAACAAUAUUCGUCCUCUACUCGUCAACUUUUUUUUUUUUUUUUUUUUUAUAGCAACCACGACGAGACAAGAUGUUCAAAAAACUCAAGCAGAAGAUAAACGAGGAGCAGUCGCCGCAGAGAAACGCGCAGACUCCUCAACAGGGCCAGAUGGGCUCCAGAGAACGUCGGAGCAGCGAAACCCACCCAUUUUACCAUGACGGUGUUCCCUCUCCCGGUGACAGAGAGGUGCUGGCCGGGAUGAUAGCAGAGCCCGCUUUUCUCUCUGAGUAUACUAUCUUUGCUCUGGACCAUUCAAAACGACCCAAAACGGCCCAGGUAGCCAGUGUGAGUGCAUCUAAAGGGCCAACAAGGUCUUCCAGAGGAGGUAUCAAUGGGGAUGAAAGUGUCUCUCCUCAUAGAGAAGAACCACAGUCCUUUGCCCAAAAACUACAGCUAAAAGUUCCCUCAAUGGAGUCCAUAAUUCGGGGUGGUGCCAGUCGGGCUGAACAUCUCUUCCGCUCUCCCUCUAAAGAAAGCUUGGUCCAGAGCUCAUCGCAUGAGUCCUUGACACAUUUAGGGGAAAACGAAGUCGCUGGUGCCCCUACAUACGACCCACCUUCAGAUAUUGAGAGCGAGGCUGAGGAGGCACCAGGGAAUGCUGAGUCUCUCCCCAAAGAGCAGCUGCUGCACCGUUUGGUCAGAGUGGAGGCAAGUCUGGGGAAGUAUCGUGGGAAAUACUCAGAGCUCGUUACUGCAUAUCGUACAGUGCAACGAGAUAAAGAUAAAACACAGGCCAUCCUCAGCCAGUGUCAAGAUAAAUCUCUGCGCAGAAUAGGAGAACUACGAGAGGAGUUACAAAUGGACCAGCAGGCAAAGAAACACCUUCAGGAGGAGUUUGAUGCAGCACUGGAGGAGAAAGACCAGAUGAUUACUGUCCUGCAAACUCAGGUUGCUCUGCUAAGGAAACGAGUUCAAGGAGUUUCUGACGGUGCUUUGCUCGCUGAGGGUGAGCUGCCCAUUUCUUCAAAUGCAGCACAGACCGAAUCCACAAGCCCUUCAAAGGACCAUGAAGUGGAGCCUGAAAUACCUGAGGAAGAGGGGGUCAGUGAUCCAGCUAAACUAAUGGAGGCUUUGCAGAAGAGAGUGAAGAGGCAAGAAAACUUACUGCACAAGUGCAAAGAAAUGAUACGUAUACACAAGGAGCGCAGCGCCCACAUUAGUAGUGAGAACGAAACUCUGCAAGAGCAGCUGCAGGAGAGACUGCAAGAACUGGAAAAGAUGAAGGAGCUGCACACAACGGAGAAGUCUAAGCUGAUCAAUCAGUUGCGUGAUGUCAAGAACCAAAAUGAACAGCUGGAGCAGGACAAGGGUAUGGUGAUUGCUGAGACAAAGCGGCAGAUGCAUGAGACUCUGGAAAUGAAAGAAGAGGAGAUUGCACAGCUCCGGUCCAGGCUCCAGCUGGCUAAUACCCAAAAUGAAGAGCUACAGGACCAGAAGGAAAAGGCUGAGAAAUCAGCAUUUGAAGAGCUUGAAAGGGCAUUGGGUUCAGCACAUAGAGCUGAGGAAGCAAGAAAGCAGCUGCAGAUUCAGAUGGAGGAGCAAAUGAGUGAAGCGGAAAGAGUCAAUGAAGAAGAGAGGAAGAGUUUGCAGCAGGAGCUCACACGGGUCAAACUGGAGGUUGUCACAAUCAUGAAGAAAUCAUCUGAAGAAAGGGUGGCCACCAUGCAACAAUCCCAUAGUGAAGCCCUGGCUGCCAAAGAAGAGAAGAUAAGUGGCAGAAUCAGCAAAGCUGUGGAGCAGUGUAAAGAGGAGUUUGUUCAGCUAAUCAAGGAAAAAGAGCAGCAGGCAUCUCUGGCUCUGGAGGAUGCAGAGUUACAGAAGACAGCUCUUAUUGCAGAGGGCGAGAAUAGCGUUAAAGAGAUGCAGCAAGAGCUGGAAGUCGCAAAAACUAGAAUAAUGGAGUUAGAGAGUUCCCUGGUGAUGAUGUCCCAAGAGGAAUCAGUGCCGUCCCAUGAACAGUCAAGUCUGUUGGACCACCUGAAGAAUAACCACAAAGAGCAAAUGUUGGCAUUACAGAAAGAGCACCAGGCACAGCUGGAAAAGCACAAGGACACCCUAUCCCAGCAGCACAGUACUGCUCUGGAAGAGCUCAAGGAAAAACAGAGGGUUGAAUCAGAGACACUUCUGAAAGAGAGAAACCUGCAAAUUCAUAUGCACACAGAGGAGAUGAAUCAGAAAUUGGAUGCAAAGCAGGCUGAGCAUCAAGCACUUGAAGCUGAACUUUCUGAAGUUUUGAAGAGUAAACAGCUUUUGGAACAGAAGUUGGUUGAAGUAAAAGAUGCACAUUGUUUAGCUCUGCAGGAUCAGGUGGCAAAACACAGUGCAGAGAUGGAAAAUGUUAAGCAAGAGCAUGAACAGUCUCUUGGAGGAAUGGAGAAAAUUCUGAAGGAGGAACUUAAUGCUUUGAAAAUAAUUUUAAGGGAAAAGGAAAAUGAAAUUAAAGACCUCAUUCAAGGAGAAAAAACGCUAAAAGAAAAAUCACAUUCCGCUCUAGAAGAGCUUGACGUCAGAGCAAAGCAACUGGAGGAUUUGAAGCAAUCUUUAUCACAUCUCCAGCUGGAAAAUUCCAACUUAAAAGAAGGUAAAGAAGCAUCAAAUAAAAUCUCGAACGAUCUUGCUCAGUCUAAGAACAACUUGACAGAUUUGCAGCAUCUGCUUGAAGUAGCAAAAAAUGACUGUCAACACAAAGAGUUAUUACUCCAAGAAUUACAGCAGCAAUUACAGCAGAGCCAAAAGCAACUCUCUGAGCAGGUGAAGUCACACAGUGAAGAGCUUAACACUAAAAAGGAAGAGGAAACACAUCUUCAGAAACAGUUGGAGGAUGAAAAAGCUGCUUGUGAGAAGAAGCUGUACAACACUAUAACUGAGAUGGAAGCUAAAAUUAAAACACAGGAAACAAAGAUGGAAAAGUUCAAACAGAAGGCCAAAGAAAUGCAAGAUCACUUUAAGAAAAAGAUCCAGCAGAAAGAAGAAUCCAUGAAAAUUGCACUUGUAAAGAAAGAUGCAGAGCUUCAACAAAAAGAGCAGCAAAUUCAAGAGAAAAUUUUAGAGAUGGCCCAAAAAAAUUCCCAAGGCUUGAGUAAUACAAUGUCAGAGCUGCAGGCUAACCAUUUGGGGGAAGUGGAGAAACUACGUGAUAUCCACAGACAUGAAAUCUUGGAGCUGGAACGCCAUUGGCAGGAGAAGUUAGGACAGCAGGAGGAGGAAUUAAUGGAAAAACACUCCCACAUAUUGCAGGAAAAGAUACAGGAACUGCAAGAAUGUUCUUUGAAACUUAACAGGAGCAAAGAGGAUAGUGAUCAAGUACUUAAUGCAAUGAAAGACCUAAAGGAGGAGCUUACAAUUAAAGAAACAACUGUGCAAAAGCUGAAAGAAGAACUUCAAGAAGCAGGGGUUAAGCUUGAAGGUUUGUCAACAAGUGACACUUUGCUGAGAGAGCAAAUGGAGUCAGUGGAGAGGAACCUCAGCCAGGCUAUGAAUGAGCGAGACUCCCUGCAGGACAAGCUCAACAUGACAGAGGAAGAAAGCAGAGAGAAAUUAAAAACUUUGUCAGACAAGUUGGAGGACAUGGAUGAGCAGCUUCAAGCUGUUGAAGGUUCCAGACAAAAGGAAUGCGAGGACUUGCAGAAUAAAUCUGAGGAAGCUGCCAUUCAGAGAAAGGCUUUGGAAGCACAGUUCCAUCAGCAAGUCAGUAUGAUCAGCAACCAAAUGCAGCAUUACUGUAAGGACGUCCAGUGCAAAAUGGUGGACGGAGCCUCUGAACUUUGUCAGAAAGUUGACUUUAGAGUCUCUGAUUUAAAAGAGAGAAUUCUGUGUAGCCAGAAAAAUAUUUUGCACCUUAAAAAUGUUGUCUCUAGAAAAGUAGAUAGACUUUGCACUUUAGAGGAGAAUCUCCGCCAGAAGAGUGAGGAGAAUAACAAUCUAUGCAUUUCAUUAGAACAGUUGACUGCUCAGGUAAAUGCUCACAUGGAGCAAAUCAAAGCCUUAACAAAUGAAAAUGAGAACAAUUCUCUUUCUAUCAGUGAAAAAGCUCUCAAGAUUGAGGAGCUAAAUGAAUUAAAAAGAGUUAUAUCAAUGAAUUUGAAAGAAAAUGAGUUGCAAGUGAAUAACUUGGAAAGCAUCAUCAGUGACUUGAAACAUCAACUAGAAGGUAAGGAAGAAGCCAUAUUUAAGCUGAAGCAGCAGUACGAAGAGGAGAGACAAAAGGCUUUAAUUCAAACGGACGAAACCAUUCAGAGUUCACAGCAGGAGCGAGAUUCACUCUCUAAGCAGGUAAAUGCCCUCAGAGCCAGUCUUUCUGAGAAUGACAACAUUGUAGCGUCUCUGAAGACGAGGCUCGAAGAGCUGGAGCGCGUUGUCUCAGAGAAGAAUGAAUCUUUGCAAAGGCUGACGGUGAGUUUUGACAAUCAGUCCAUCAGCAAGUCUGAGCUGGACCAAGUUUUGAGCGAAAAGGAACAGAAGGUGAGCGGGCUGACUGCAGAACUUGAAUGCUCAAACCAUCGUCUCUGCGAGCUACAGGAGCAGUUGGCCUUAAAGAUGAAAGAGUGCGAACAACUUGCAUGUGACCUCAAACAGCAGCACAGCAUCAGGGAGAAUGAGAUGGUUGAAAAGCUGCAGCAGAACAGCCACUUGGAGCAAGAGAUGGAGGAAAAACUGCACCACCUCGAGGAGGAUAACCUAAAGUGCAAAAGCCAACUUCAGAUUCAGGAAGACGAAUUUGAAAGGCUGAAAGAAGAGAUUAUGAAAAGAAAAGAGGAGUGUGUGAGGGAAACCGAGGAGAGGUUGACAGCAGAAAGCACUCGGAAAGUUUCAGAGCUAAAGAAGAAAGCAGAGCAGAAAAUUGCUCAAAUUAAGAAGCAGCUAACUUCACAGCUUGAUGAAAAAGAUGACCUUAUCAAGAUGCUUGAGGCUAGCUAUGAGGAGCUCAAGAAAAAUGAGGCCUCCGGUAAAGAAUGCAUUGACACAUUAGAGGAGAAAAACAAAUCUCUCGAGGAGGUUCUUGUCAAGCUCAAAGACGAGCAGGCAAGCCAACUGGAACAGACUCAGGCUGAUGAGAGGCAAAUGAUGCAGAAGUCUUUAGACGAACUGAAGAGCAUGUAUGAAGAGAAGCUGUCUACACUUCAGCGAGAUUCAUUACACCAAGCAGAGCUCAAACAAGCAGAAGCACUUGAAAUUGAAUCUAAGCUUAAAGAGGUAGAGAAGCAGAACGAAGCAUUCCUUGAAGAAGUUAGGACUCUGAAAGAAGAAAUUAGAAAGAAGAUUGUUCAGUGUGAUCAACAUCAAGUUGCCUUAAUGCAGGCUCAAAUCUCAUUUGAACCUGACAAGAAGAUGGAGUGUAGUAGUUUUAAACAAACAAAGAGCAUGUUGGAAAAUGAGAUGAAAAAUCACUCUGCCGAACUGGAUGAGGAUUCUCUUGAUUCUCUUAAGAGCAAACUAAAUCAGAUGAAGAAUGAGAAGGAGAAAAUCCACAAAGAUUUUACCAGGUUACAAAAAGACAUCAGACUAAUGAGGAAAGAGCAUGAUCAGGAACUUGAAUAUGCAAAGAAACAGUUAUUGGAGGAGAGUGAAAACAAACUCAAAUUGGAAUUAGAAGACAUCGAAAUGAAGCACAACUCAGCAAUCAAGCAGUUAAUGAGGGAGUUCCACACACAAAUGGCCGUAAAAGAGAAGGAGAUAGACACAGCAGUGAAAGAAACCAUUGGGAAGGCUCAGAUUGUGGAGGCAGAGCUUCUCAGUAGUAAUCGAGAGGAAACCUUCCAGCUGAAGAAGGUGAUUGCCCAGAGGGAAGAUGAAUUGAACAGAACUGUUGAGAAAUAUGAGCAGGUCAUACAGAGUCGAGAGGAGGAGAUGGGGACUCGAGUGUGGCAGGUCCAGAAAGAACUGGAGGAACUCCAAGCUAGGAGCCGCAGCACUACUGAGAUGAGCCCUGAGGAACUACAGGCGCAGCUUGCUGAGAAGACAACAUUGCUGAGUGAAGCUCGACUGAAGGAGCAAGGCUUUGUUGAGAGGAUUCACUCGCUUGAGGACAAGAUUAAAUGCUUCCACCGGAACACAGUCAUAACUCAUCUGGGGAGCACAUACAAAGAUGCUGCACUGAACAAACCCGAGCCCCUCUCAGAAGCCACUGAGAUGGAGUACCUGAAGAAAGUGCUGUUUGAGUACAUGAUGGGGCGAGAAACAAAAACGAUGGCCAAAGUGAUAACGUCCAUGCUCAAGUUUCCUCCAGACGAGGCUCAAAAGGUUUUGGACAAAGAGGAGUCCAAAGCAACGCACUGGUUGAGCGUCUGAUGCUUUGCGAUGAAAAUCAUGCAGCCGCUGCUGAAGGGGAAGACUGCCAAGGAUUUGAUCAAACCCUUCUCUGCAUUAUCUAUUUGUGUAUGUAUGCGUGUAUGAAUGGCUACUUGGAUUUUAUUGUGCUCUGUAUAGUUUGGAGUGUGUGUGUAACACUACAAGUAUGAGGGAAUUCAGACACAUAUCUUCCAUAAAUCUGCAUUUUGUUUGAGAUUAAUUUAUGUUUUCGAAGGUAUACUUUUCAAUUCUCUAAUGUGUCUAUACUGAUCGGUGUGCAAUAAAUGGUACUCUUAUCACAUAUCAAGGCCGACGGUCAGUUGAUUUAUAGGUUUUCUUGUUGUGUUGUUGUCUGGUUCACGUCUUCUGCAAACCUGUAAAUGCCCUUAAACUCUGGCCUCACUGCACAUUUAAAUUAGCCGUCUGUUGACCCUUCCCCCCCAUCCCCAAGCUUUAUUUUCCAACUCUGACCCCAGAAGACACUGUAAUUUGUAUUAAUAAUGGAAACUGUACUAGAGGGCUCUAUAGUUAUAUCUUGCUAUACAUUUUCUGUAUAACAAAUUAAAUCAUAUUUACAAAGUA